CUCGUUCCCCACUGUAUUUAUUUCCUUGCCACCUGAAAAAAGGACGUCUAGGCAGUGAAGGUUCGCUGGCAUCGAGUUGACAUUUCCUCUAGCCCUAACUCGGGUUUUCGAUGUUACACAAAUGCAGGGAGAAUGAUCUUUCAGGCCUCUUCUUCUCCGUCAGAGGGCCCGCGCCGAGAGGGGCAGAGGAGAUGAUCAAAGUGUGCUGUUGGUGUUGUGCCCCAGCGCCACGUCUCCAUCCAACUGUGGACCACCUACUCAGCCAGGUGUGUCUCGAAGCCCAUCAGAAUCUUCCAUUAUUCUCACUGGGUAGCUUGGAGAUCGGGCCCUAGUGGGAAUGUACCCUCCUGCCGUUGUGAUUUGGAUGACCCGCCGUCUUAGGCUAGGAUCAGCCAAUUUCUCUUCUCAAUUUCUCUUCUUAAGGUGGGACUUGCUUUACAGAUUGUUAUUUUUAUAGUGAUAUCUUUUUAUUUCCCCUUCUCGGUGUAAUACGCCCUCGGUUCUCGUCUCCUUUCUCCAAGUCCCAUAAUCAUCCGGAGGCCAUGGCAUUGGCUACUUGGACGCCCAAUCCCCACUGCUACUCGCCAGAACUGUUCCGUAGAGGUUCAGAUUGCAGUUGACCUCCCGUAGGUAAGUCCACCCAUUCGUCUUCGCCCUUUGUAUGUAUUUUAUGAAAUUCGUUCUUUAAUUCCCAUGGCAAUGGUGGCAACGUACUUUUCCCAGUCUUUUACGCGAUAAAUGCAGAUAUUGUACAUGUGUGAAGCCACGGUUCAUGGAUUGAUCUCGGUGUCCACUGACGAUCGAGUCCUUCAGUAUGGCCGAUCCUCGUCGCCUAUUGGUGCCAGUCAGUCAUCGGAACGGUGGAAGUACCUAUACUCUCAAACUAACUACAGUGGGGGAUGCAGUCAUACCACUACACGACUCUUGGUGACUUAUGUGUGUCAAUCAGUAUACUUCAUACUAUCAUCGAAAUAUUCUUAUGCUCCUGUCAGCAGUGGCGUUUACAGCCACAGAUCGCCUCAUUCCCAUCAAUCUAGAUGUGAUCAGCAUCUAGGCAAUAAAUUUCUGUUCCCUUCUUCCCGAGCAUUUGCCACUAGAGUUCGAUUGUGCUCGGAGGACUUAUGCCCACCGGCCCCAAAUCCCCAUAUACUUAGAUCCAUCGUUCCCAUCAGGUCAGGGGAUAUGGUAACAGUGACCAAUCAUCACUGCAAGGUCCAGCCAUCGAGUCAAUUAUUGCAUUUCAUACCUUUCUACAUCAGAUCCUUUUCUGCUUGACUAAGCCAUACAUCUUAUCUUUUAUUUUCCCUUUUCUCCUGUCCCCCUCUCCUACCUAUAAUAGUAAACCGCGGUUUAGGGGCCUCCUGUCUCUAAUUUAGACAAAGGGCUUUCUUUCAGUGACAAUACGCAGAAUCUCUGAUUCAUCCUUCAAUAAUACUGGUCCCACCACGGAUCUCCCCACUCAAGUGGACGCGUGCGACUAUUUGUGCCUCGGAACUAUUUCCUCAGUCUUAAAAACCCAGUGGGUUGAUUAUCAUUGACUUCUUCUACUAUCACCUCCUUUCGGAGCUUUGGGCUCUUGGAUCGAGCCAUAGGACCUAGUGUGGCAAUUGAGAAGACUCACCUGUUGGGGCGAAGCCUCGCUUGUGGAUAUUGAUUGCCUCACGGGCCACGGCCGCAAACACCAGAGGGCAGGCCAGAUACAGAGAGAAGCCUGAAAGAUAACGAGGAAAACGUCGUGAAUCCUUUAGCAGAGUCCUCCA